AUGCCGGCGGCCUUCGAAAGCCAUGGGAUGGACCUGCGAUGGCAGGGCUGGGUCGCGUCUACUUACGGCCUCAUCAGCUUUUUCGUCGGGCCGAUGCUGGGCCGGGUGAGCGACUCCAUGGGUAGAGUGGCGAUGCUGAAGAUGUCCUGCGUGGGCAACAUAAUCGGGGCGCUUGGGUCCCUGUACGCCACGGGGAGGUGGACGUUCAUAGCGUCCAGAAAGGUGUUUCCCAGUUCGUAA